GCCCGCCGCACGCGAAUAUUACAUGAGCCGCUCGCUGCAGCUGCGCAGAUAAGGAGAGAUAGCGGAUUGGGAGCGAACAGAAAGUUUUUUACCCCCACUGACAACUUUCUGGUGAUGUAUUGCAGGAUUGGGAAUUUAGGCUAGGAACUGCUCGUUCCCAGCAGAGAAGAAGUGGGGAAGGAAAAGUAAGGACAGGGAAGAGAAAGUAUUUUGCUACAAUACAGACUUGCAUGCACACACAAAAAAGGACGUUAGUAAAGUGUACUCAGAGCUCAGGAGGGGAAAAUAGUGGCGAAAAGGAGAGUCGCCUUCGCAAAGAUGAGCUUGUUGUCUGCUAUAGACACUAGUGCCUCGGUCUACCAGCCUGCCCAGCUCCUCAACUGGGUUUAUCUGUCCUUGCAAGACACUCACCAGACCAGUGCCUUUGAUGCCUUUAGACCAGAGCCUAAUUCUUCCCACCCGGAUCUUAACUACACCAAGACUCCUGCUGCUGAUCUGAGCUCUUCUCUCAAUUCCAACUAUCUCAACAGCUUCUUUCAGCUUCAAAGGAGUGAGGCCUUAAGCAGUAGUCUCUACAAGAGUGCAUCACCCUACGGAUCUCUCAAUAACAUCGUUGAUGGACUGAGCUCUUUGACGGACCAUUUCUCUGAUUUAUCUCUCACCUCUGAGCCAAGAAAACCUAGCAAAAGACCACCCCCCAACUACCUGUGCCAUCUUUGCUUUAAUAAGGGACACUACAUUAAAGACUGCCCACAGGCUCGUCCAAAGGGAGAAGGUCUAACUCCAUAUCAGGGCAAGAAACGCUGCUUUGGAGAGUACAAGUGUCCCAAAUGCAAGAGGAAGUGGAUGAGUGGAAACUCAUGGGCUAACAUGGGACAAGAAUGUAUCAAAUGUCAUAUCAACGUGUAUCCACACAAACAGCGACCCCUGGAGAAGCCUGAUGGCCUGGAUGUCUCUGACCAGAGCAAGGAGCACCCUCAGCACCUGUGCGAAAAAUGCAAAGUCCUUGGAUACUACUGUCGUCGUGUGCAAUAAACGAAUCCCUCCCACUGCCCUGCCUUCAUUAAUGAAUUGACAAAAUGCGCUUUAAAAGAAGGAAACUUGCCAAAAUGUAUCUGCCUUUAUUCACUUAGUGGGCCUUAAAAUAGCAAUACGAUGUAACACAUGUGCCUGUGUAUGUGUAUAAUCUUGAAGUUGUAUUUGUAGCGUUAUCACUGACCGAGGCAGUAUUAUCGAUCUCCACGUUGGUUGACGUAGCUUACCUUAUCAUGGUGGCUGCUGAUUCUUUGUUUACAUACUGUUGUGCUUGUUUCCUGUCUGGAUGAUGUAACUUUCAAGUGCCAAUAUCUUUAUUUUUAAUUAUUAUUAUUUUUUUCCAGUUUGGUGAGGCCAUCCAAGUGCCUUCACCAUUCAUUGGGUUAACAGCACAUUAAAUUAACUGUGAAUUAUUCAAGGGGAAUUAUUACAAAAAUGGGUCUCUGCUUUGCAUGAUGAUCUGCUAUUUAUUGUCGAAAAGCUGCCAAGACAUGGCUCGUAGACUUAGACUGCGUGAUUUUAUUAUUUUAUUUUAUUUUUGUUUCUUUGAAAACUGGGAUCAAUAUGCACCUGCCUUCUCUAACCGUGCUUUUCAUAUGAGCUCAGGAACUACUGGUCGCUUCUCGGGCGUUGCUUUGAAGUUGCGCAACCAUUCUACCCGUCUUUAUAGAAACUAACGUCUGUUACUCGAUAUGUAGAUGGGGUUUUGCCACAGGCCUAGCAGCUGCAAGGCCUCGACUUUACAACAUUCAUUUCAGCCAUCUGGCCACCCAAAAUGUCAUAGAUUUCCGAAACGAAUGAAGUUAUGGAAUAUGCAGUUCUUUUAUUAUUAUUAUUAUUAUCCACUGUGUUUUUCAAAUGAUUUGAUUCUGUGUUGCGUAAGAAAUUAUACCAAAGUUUAUUGAUACACUAUAAUGAGCAUGGAGGAAUGAAAGAAAGCAAAAAAAAGACGUACAUACAGAAAAAUCAACUGUCAGCUGUUUAGUGGCAGCUGCCUCCAGCUCUUCUAGAGUAGCGUCCUUCACAAACACAGCGCAUUUUCAGCAGUGCUCUGUUUUGUCCUCCACGCAUGGCUUAAGAACUGGAACAUUUGUGCCUUACUUUACGUGUAAUGAUUAGAUACUGACAAACCCUCCGUUGGCUUUGGCAGAAGUCCCCUGACCUAGCAGGGCUAAUGGAAUGCCUUUCAUUUCAAAUGGUGCAGUGAUGGAUUGUGAGGAACUGAAAUAGAUGUGAAGAGGGACGCUCCUGUGCCUGGGUUAACCUCCUCUUGGAUCGUUCUUUUCAAAGUUCAAUCCCAUCCAGUCCCACAUGUUAACAUUAAGAUCAGCUAUUCAGCAGUGGAUUACUUCCGCAGUUUUGUCAGUCUGUUUUUUUUAAUUAAACAGCUAAUGUUCAUUCUGUUCUGUAUGCUCUUGCGUCGUGCAUCUUUCCGAAAGAACUUCAUCAGGCAAUGACACAAAGAGGCUGAUGGGGCUGGUAUCAUAGGAGCAGUGGGCUGAAAAGAUCAGAUAAACUGCACCUGUUAUGUGAGGAAGAAAUGGACAAAUGAGAUGUUUCAUUCUAGAGAAAGAAACUGAAUGAUAGGGACACGUAACAGAAACUGACAGCGGCUGACAGAGAUUUUCGAUUAGAAAUGCUACAGAAAGUGGAUUUGAUAUUGUUUGUUUAUUAGAGGACAAGUUUAUCCAACAUGAUUUACAAAAAUUAAAAUGCAAUUAUAUGAGUUAAGGCCAUUCUUUACACAAGAAAAGCAUCUUUAUCCAAUCUGAACUUGCUCCAGUGCUAUUGUUUUAAAUUGACAAACAAAAUCCCAAUUGAUAUCAACAGGGUGACUUGGAAAGAAUUAAACAGUCCCAGGAGUUCUUGUCUCAUAUGAAUCAGUUGUAUUUUAUUCCCGUGUAGGUCUGUCGGACAGACCAACCAAUGAAAAGUCACAUCCAUGACAGCAGGCGAAUCUUAACUGCACACACAAGUUUAAGACAACAUGAUCGUGUGUGCACAAGUUGGUGUCCUUUGCUUGCACACUACAUAACAGUAACAAAGUAUUUCUUGUGUAGCCCAAAAUCGCCAAGGAAUGCCUUCAUGUGCUUUAACAAGCCCUGUUUUUGACAGCCCCCCAGCCCUGACUCUAUAAAAAGACAAGAAAAAAAAAACAACAUUGUGAGAGACCCCCCCUUCCAGGUAGUUUGGGUUUGCAGUGAGUGUAAAAAAUGGGGUAAUUCCAACCAUCCAUCAAGUAUCCAACCCACUAUAUCCUAACUACAGGGUCACGGGGGUCUGCUGGAGCCAAUCCCAGCCAACACAGGGCGCAAGGCAGGAAACAAACCCCGGGCAGGGCGCCAGCCCACCGCAGAAUGGGGUAAAUACAACACACAAAACAGAACACAAGUAAUCCUCUUCACAGAGCUACUUGGCAAAUCUGUGAUUGCCACCUCAGAAAUACAAUGCAGCAGUACAAACUACUUUGUUCUUGCACAGCACUCCUCACCAAGUGCAGGCGCAGAUCGCCAAUGACAACUGUCAAGGCAAAAUGCAAGAUUAGAGUGUGCCACUCAUUAAAUACAGAACUGUCACAUAGAUACAUAAUAACCCAUGACCACAGAAGAAAUGUGACGUGAUGAGCUGGAGAGGACAGUGAGGCGUUUUAUUCCCUUUUCCUCAAGUCCAUGUUUGUUCCCAUGACUUCCAUCUUCAGUGUUCACCUCAUUCCAGUAGGUGAUGAUCCUGUCACUCAGGACCUGCAGUCUUGUUUCUGAAAACUAAUAGCUUCUUAUCUAAUGCUCAAGAGCACGAGGGACAAAAAUUUGUUAGAAUUAGUAAGUAUUUAGAAGUGAGCAUGAGGUACUAGUUAAUGUGAAGGACAUUUUCAUAAGAAGUGAUGUGUAUUUCACUAAUAUCUUAUCGCCUCGUUUAGACUGUCAAUAUUUUUAUUUAACUUCUUGUUACAUUGCUGUCUUAUAGCCACUAGACAAGAUCUCAAUGGGAUUGUUUUCUUGUUUUUCUUUCAAGUCACCUGCUACUUUCCAAUCAGAAUUAGUCAUUCACAUUUACUUCCUAUUAUUUUAUUAUGGGAGUUCAUUAUAAUGCAUCUUUGCUUUCUUGACGUCACAGUUUAGCCCAAGGUCAGACUUGAGUCAGCCAUAUCCUAGAUUUAGUUUUAGAAGUUGCAGAGACUCUCGCCUUUCUGCUAAAUCAUCAGACUGUUUGAGUUUUGAUUUGAGAGUAUGGGGUCACCAAUGCCUUGUUGUGAUACAGCUGGCAGACAAGAUUUGAAUCCUUGCGGUUUUGUUGUGUUGGCAGAGUUUUUGCCGAUGGAAUGUGAUGUUUAAGGGUGUCGAUAUUUAAGUAUUCCCAAGCAUGUGUUUUCUUGGAAGGUUAGGUGAAUUGGAAGCUGCUCAGGGGCUGAGGUGUGAGGGCUGUAUGAAGGGAAUCGUGUUUCUUUGAAGGAUCAGAGUCGGAGAUUCUAGUACAAUGUGCAGUUGAUCCCGUGAGGCUUUAGGCUUGGCCGCCUCUGUCAACCGAAUUGCAGGGCGAACUCUUCACAUCUCAUCUGCUUUGUAGUGCAAUCUGCCAUUUACUGUUAGUUCAAGGGCCUGACAGGCAACCCUGUACCGCGUCUUGGUGUACUUGAGCAUUCUGGUUUAGGAAAUAAACGCAUACAUACAGUAAAUACAUACAUUUCAGGAAAUGUCAUUCUUUAGACAGACAACUAAAAAUGCUCAGUUAGGCUUUAACUGUACUUGGAAAAUGAGAACAGUAACCGCCAUCACAGAUGUAUUAGGAGCAAUAAUGUAACCGUAUUUUGUAAUUGUUAUUGUUAGGAACAAUACCUUUUAGUUGUAUAUAUGAAAACAAAGACUUCCACUUUCUGGAAGGUAGUAGUGUUUAGUCAGGGCAUUUUUAUUGAUAUUUUCAAACAUUCAUUUGUUAUGUACCUUAAAAGCCAUUUGUGAAUAUGUAUAUUAUAGCAAUAAUAUUCAUGCGUUAAAAUGUUAUACAAAAGUAUAUAGUGGAGUGCUUCCAUUUAACUAUAAUAUGCCAAACUAAACUUGAAUACUUAGGAACAUGGUAGUCGUAUUAUGUACAUACAUAUAUAUAUAUAUAUAUAUAUAUAUAUAUAAAUAUAUAAGUAUAUAUAUGAGUAAAGUGAUAGUCAAGUGAAUUUAAGCUAAACAUUUUCAAAAAUAAUUGUGUAUAUUGAUACAUUUCAAUUUUGUUUAAAGUACAUUAAAAAUGUGACCGACUGUCAGAUCAUCUCAUUCAAAUUCACACCAGGUGGGCAGCGCUGGGACCCUCGUUUGACCCUUGACCCGGACUCCGUUUUGUGGAGUUUGCACGUUCUCCCCACCUCCACAUGCGUUUUCUCUGGCUUUCUCCCACAAUCCCAAAGACAUGACAGACUCUACAUUGGUGUAAGUGUAGUGUGUGUGUGCGCGCGCGUGCGCACUGUGACAGACUGGCCCCCCGUCCAGAGGUGGUUUGGGCCUUGUGUUGGACGUUUCCUGUCUCUCUGUGGUUCUGUGCUAGAAUAAGAGAUUUCGGAAAUUGAAAGGGUGGGUAUAUAAAACUAAAAUGAUAAUCUAAUAUAGAUUUUUCAGAGCUAAAAGCUAAAGCAGGUUGUACAUAUGAAAUUAUCCCCAUUUUGACCGGAUCGUGAGCACUGAAACGUUCAUCUGUCUAGUCGGGUCGUUCCCUCUGCCCCUCAUUAUAUCCAUAAAUUCUGCAAGAAACAUUGUGGCACUGUUACAGCUUCAACAGGAAAAACCCGUCAUCUUUUUUAAAUGGCUGUGUGACUCGUGUUAAUGAAGCUGAUGGGUCUGUCUGCAACAAGUGUCAUAAAACUGGCUAAAAAAAAAUAACCCUGCAAACACUUUAAAGACUAGGAGGCGAAACCGUGUGUAUCAUUUCAGAUUGAUUGUAAAAGUUCCUUGUCUUUGCAUAGCUGUCUACGACGUGUACUGGGAAUGUGAGUUUAAUUGUAAUUAGAUAAACACUACGAGUUGUUAACACUAUGCAGUCGCUGCGUUGUACAGAAUGAGGUUCUUCUCGUGGGCACUUUUUAUAAAGCAACUGAAGUGGCUGCGAGCGCCAGUGUUGUUACGCUGGGAGGUCUUUCGCGAGUCCCUUUGAAUAAAGCGAUGAGUAGAGCGUAGAAGACGCCCGUGUGGGAAACCAUUGAAAUUUAAAGAGGACAAUCGACUUGAGUUUGGGCAACAGACGUAGUCCUUCUAGACGUCCACUCAGAAAGCAAAUACACCGCCGUCCAUCGCUUGUUGUACUCAUCGGGAGUCGUCCAUACUUGACUUGUGGGGUUCAUUUGAGUUUGCAGUUUGUGUGAUUCUCAAAAUCAUAAUGUGUGUAUUUUAAAACCGUUUUCGAUUUUAAAUCAAUCAAUGUAAAAUACAAAAAAGAUUUUUUUUUUUUUAAAUUUCCCUAACAUUGAAGUCUCCGCAGUUAACCUUUUUAUGUAUAUAUUUGAAUAUCAUUUUUUAACUUUAUUUACGAUUAAAGGGUUUUGUUAUUAAAAUGGUCUGUAUCUUGGAGUAAUAAGCAAAAGCUGGGAGGAUUUUUUUUGUUUGUUUUCCUUAAGUAUUUUACAAUCUGAGGGCAUAUCCUGCAGAAAAUAUUUAUAGAAGGAUUUUUUUAAAUGCUUUUUUGUCUGUAUAAAGUAUGCAACAAAACUACAUUAAGAAGGAAAUAUUGAUGUCUACAUAGAGUAUUAUAUGAAGGUUGGUACAUAAUUCUUAAAAUACCCUUUCUCUCUUAAAAGCCAUUAUUGUCUGUUUGUAAUUGAAAAUAUUGUCAGUAUUAUAAUAACCAAUGAUAUAAGUGAAGUGAUUUAACUAAUAAUAUGCUUACUGGGAUUAUAUAUGUGUAUUUUGGAAAAAUGUUACCCGUUUAGGGAUCAGUAUUAAAAAUAUAUUAGGAAGAUUAGUAAUGUUUACGUCAAUUAAAUAUCAUGGGGCAUAAUAUUUUAAAAUAUUUAUGUAUUAGCUAUAUAACAUAUGUUUAAAAAAAAAAUAUAUAUAUAUAUAUAUAUAUAUAUAUAUAUAUAUAUAUAUAUUAAUGUUUGGGAUUUUGAGCUGACACUCACCACUUUUAUACAAGCACAAGAAAAUGUGAGUUUUAGAAGUCAAUAUCUGUUAAAACGUUAUCUCGAUUUAUUGUGGAUGUUUAGUUUGGAUAAUAUUUUAGGUGUGUGACAUACAAAUGUGGUAGAAGUUGCAUGUGCAUGUACUUUAGAGGUGGUUUGAAACGUUUACACUUUGCUUACGUUGUGUUACUCGGUUUAAUGCAUUCUGCCGUGACGAGGAAGAUUUGCCUAAUGCUGUACCUAAGCCUUGUAUGCAAAGAGAACACUUUUUAUAGCAUAUUCUUUAUAUACUGGAGGUGAACAAACUAACUUUUUAUCACUGCUGCUUUUUAAAAAUGCAGCGUAGUUUAUAAAACAUGUAUAAAGAGUUACGGUAUAACUAGUUAAGAGUGUUUACUUGAUUUUACGUUUAAAUAGAAAAAUUUUUUUAAAAAAAAAACUUAGAACUGUUCAUAGCUACAAAAUAAGAAUGGACAAGCAGAGUGGUUGCUCUUUUGGAAGUGAGCAGGGUGGGCUGUUUGGUGUGCCGUUUACUGAGCGAUGGUGGAGCGGGGAUCACUAGCUCAGUUUAAGUAUCCGAUGAAUCAUGACGAUAGUUUGGACGAUUCUAGACACUAAACAAUUGGAGUAUUUGGGCGGCUUAUCAAGACAAUCCUACAACUAUUUUGUACUAAACGGUUAAGUUAUUUUCCAUUAGUGUGUUGCAGUUUAAAAUGACCAACGAUAAUGUGUGUUUUAAAAUGGCUGACGCCCUGAUCCCGCUUCACCAUCGGCCUGUAAACCGCGUUCAUGACCACAAGCCUUUCGCACUACCUUCACAAAAACCCUGCAUCCAUGGAAAUUCGCAAAAAGAGUUUGAAAUGCUGCUGUUGUGUCCAUAAAAUGGCAUCCCAAAAUGUGCCUUAUGUGCUGUUUAGGAAUAAAGCUUACUUAUUGUACUUUUUAGAAUUUUAUUGCUGAAUUAAAAGAAAUCAACAUAAUGUGAA